UUGGUUACCCCACAUUCCACAACCUGCCGCUGAAAGCUUGCUGCCAUUGGCCCCGGCCAUGCUUGCUUUUGUUUGAAAGAAGCCUUGUGACUUCCUGCUCCGAACCCAACCUGGGUGAUUUCUUUUUUCAGCUUUGAGGUUUGUGUGUGUUUGUAUUUAUUGAAUUCUGAUGCUCGGCCGUUUGCCGUCCUGGCCGCCACCAUGUUCACCAAGAAGAAGAAGUCGCGCAUCCAGAUCUCAGCGCCGUCCAACUUUGAGCACCGUGUGCACACAGACUUUGACGAACAGGAGCAGAAGUUUGUGGGCCUGCCACGCCAAUGGCAGUCACUCAUCGAGGACACGGCCAAAAGGCCCAAGCCUUUCAUCGACGCCACCGUAAUCACUACCAUGGAGCCGCACAAGACCAUUGUACGCGGCACGAAGCUGGGGGCGGACGGCUCUCUGACUUGGCUUCUGGAUGAGUUUGACACCAUGUCAGUGACUCGCUCCAACUCACUGCGGCGGGGCAGCCCCCCCGUGCAGCCUCGCUUGGAGAACGGAGACCCCCACCAACGACAGCCCUCACAGUCCGACAGAGAGCGCCUCGGGUCGGACCCCCACGGUGACCCCCGCCACGCUCAGCACCCCGUCCGAGGCUCCCAGCGAGAAGAUGGGAUCCACGCUCGGCCUCAGCAGCAGCCCCGAGGCCAAGAGCCAGGCCGGGGCAACAGAGACAGACCAGGAUCCGGUCCCCCACCACCACCUCCUCACAGAGACAGACAGCAUCGGGACCAGAACCAGGAUCAGCUUGUCCGCCGCGAUCCGCAUGGUGAACACAGGCCAAAGUCCAGCUACCAGGUGCGGGAUGGCAGCCCACAGUCCCCCCGGGAAAAGAGACCCCUCUCAGGGCCCAACAUCCGCACCCCUAACCUGACGGUAACCGAUGGUGUGAUGAAGACCACUCAGCAGACGACGCGGCCGUUCAACACGUAUCCUAGGGCGGAGAGCGACGGGGGGCGCAGCCCCACUGGGCCGCCAGUGCGUCCCCACGAGUCAUCCUCUCAAAACGGCCCCUCCAUGCCUCUCCGAGGGUCUUCCGGCUCCAAGCCCCCCAUCGGCCAGCCGCAGCCUCACCACACCUCGUCGCAUCCCAGCCUGACGCCAGAGGCGGGUCAACACCCGCACACCCCUCACCCCAGCGUGCCAGCCCCACGGCCACCAGCCCCCUCCGUCCUGCCGCCGCCGCCCGAUGCCCGCUCCCCGCAGAGAGAGCCGCAGAGGGUGUCCCACGAGCAGUUCCGGACGGCUCUGCAGAUGGUGGUGGAUCCCGGCGACCCGCGCACCUACUUGGACCACUACAUCAAGAUCGGAGAGGGGUCCACGGGCAUCGUGUGCAUCGCCACCGUCAAGACGACGGGAAAAUUGGUCGCCGUGAAAAAGAUGGACCUGAGGAAGCAACAGCGCAGAGAGCUGCUCUUCAAUGAGGUGGUGAUCAUGCGUGACUACCACCAUGAAAACGUGGUCGAGAUGUACAACAGCUACCUGGUGGGUGACGAGCUCUGGGUGGUCAUGGAGUUCUUGGAGGGAGGCGCGCUCACAGACAUUGUGACGCACACCAGGAUGAAUGAGGAACAGAUCGCCACCGUGUGUCUGUCUGUCUUGAAGGCUUUGUCGGUGCUGCACACGCAGGGCGUCAUCCACCGCGACAUCAAAAGUGACUCCAUCCUGCUCACGCACGACGGCCGGGUGAAGCUGUCCGACUUUGGCUUCUGCGCUCAGGUGUCAAAGGAUGUGCAGCGCAGGAAGUCUCUGGUGGGCACACCGUAUUGGAUGGCGCCCGAGCUCAUAUCACGACUUCCUUACGGACCUGAGGUGGACAUCUGGUCACUGGGCAUCAUGGUGAUCGAGAUGGUGGACGGGGAGCCGCCGUAUUUCAACGAGCCGCCACUCAAGGCCAUGAAGAUGAUCCGAGACAACCUGCCACCCAAACUCAAGAACUUGCACAAGGUGUCACCCGUGCUGAAGGGCUUCCUGGACCGCAUGUUGGUGCGUGACCCAUCCCAACGCGCCUCCGCGAGUGAGCUUCUGAAGCACAGCUUCCUCAGCAAGGCUGGCCCGCCGUCCUGUAUUGUGCCCCUCAUGAGGCAAAACCGCAUCAGAUGAGGACUACUUGUACAUUUUGGGCUUUUCUACUGUGGGAGGGGGGCAUCAUUUCUGCCCUGGAUACAAAACAAUAAUUUGGGCUUGAGUGUGUGAGUGAGUUGGUUGGUGUUCACUCCUCAAGUACGAUUCUUACUGCUAAUGAAAAGAACACUGUAUUGUAACCUGCCUAACCUGGAACCUUUAUUAUUAUUUGGACCCGGCUUGGAUUUUGAGAGCGGACGGAAGACCCUGGGCCCGGUCCCAGUCCCACCUGGAUUUUUGACUACUGAGAGACACACGACAGCGGGAAAAAAAAGCAAAACAUGAAGUCAGAGGUAAACACUGGAGUUGAUUUUGUUGCUUUUAUGUGUGUACGUGUGAGGAGUGUCACGAUCAUGUGAUCUUGAUUUGAUUUUAAUGUUUAGGAUAAUUUGAUGUGAUGAUGAUUUUUCAAGCACUGUCAACACACACACACAUACACACACA